GGCCCGUCGCGCAGUCCCCGCCAGGCCCCCGCCGGCCGUGCAGGCCUUGCCCCGCUCGCGGUCAAUAAGAAAGCGGCCGCGGCCAGGUCGCCGUCGACGCGCCGCGACGCCCCCUCAGCGCCAAGCGCAGUGCCAAGCGCAGUGCCAAGCGCAGUGCCAAAAGUCAGUGUCGUGGCCGCCAGGUGUCUGGGCCGCCGCCAACACCCGCGCGCGCGUGUGUGUGUGUGCGUGUGUAUUUCAGCGCCACCGCCUUGGAUUACCCCGACCGUGUGGAUUACCGCUUGUGUGGAUUACCGCUCCAGCAAACGAGGCGCCUCAACAGACGGGGUCAUGAUGGCUCCCAGCGUGGCGGCGCCCGUGUCACGCGGUGCCCUCGCCAGCGCCGACCCCCGCGCCGCCCCCGGCACCGCCGCCGCCGCCCCGGCCGCCCCCAGCUUCUUGCUCACGUCGGACGAGCGUGCCGACGGCGGCCUGGACUCGGCCCUGGGGGGCUCCACCUCCACGGACAAGGGCAACAACAGCCGGUGCUCCAGUAUGUCCGAUGGCGAGAGUUACGAGUGCUACGGGGAAGGCGAUGUAGACCCCGAUUCUCCUGUCCAGAGGCGGCUGCACGGGGACGGCAGGGACGGCGCGGACGGCGGCAGGGACGCCAACCGCAGCCCGCCCGGCCUCCGGAGAAGCACGUGGCAGCGGACCAGCCUGCGACGACCCCCCACCAGCAACCCAGACAGCCUUCCCAACCGGAGAUGGGGGUCCUUCAGGCACGCGGGCAAGCGGGCGGCCCUCGGCUCCAACGCGCUGGCAAGACCGCCGACUUUUCCCUGUUGCAGCCAGCUGUAUCGGAGCUCCAGCUUCAACUCGUCGGGCCGCAGCUCGACGUGCGACACGGCGGACGACCUGUACUCGGACGCCAGCCUGGAGGAGGACGUGCUGGACCUGAACCACAAGGUCCAGAUGCUUCAGCAGCAGGUGGGGGUGCUGGCCGACAACCAGACCAGCACGGACGAGCGCUACACGCGCGCCAAGCAGGACAACGCCGCCCUGCAGGCCAGGGUGCUCAUGCUGGAGGAACAGCUGCGCGAGACGGAGCUGCGCGCCGAGGAGCGCCUCCAGGACGAGCAGAAGCGGCACCGCGAGCUCAUGGUGCGCGUCGAGCGCGAGAAGCAGCUGGAGCUCGAGAACUGCGCCAUCAGGCUGCAGACCGCGGAGCUGGAGGCCACCACCCUGCGCGAGGAGGGCGGCCGGCUGCGCCACCAGGCCGACCAGCUGCGUGCGGAGAAGCACCGCGUCCAGGACGCCCUCGUCGACGCCGAGUCCGCGCUGGCCGCGCUCCGCGACGAGAUGGCCCAGCAGAAGGACGACUUCCGGCAGCGCGAGGCGGAGCACCAGCAGCGAGAGCAGCUCGUGGAGGAGCUGAGCCUGGAGCUGGAGCGGCAGCGGGAGGCGGAGCGCGCGCACCGCCAGUCGUCGCGGCGCCCCGACCAGGACAGCGACAACCUGGCGCAGGUGGUGGCGCUGAGCGCGCAGCUGGAGCACGUGCGCGAGGAGGCGCGGUCCCUGCGCGAGGCCAACGAGGAGCUGCAGGCCCUGGUGCUGACGCGCGGCGUGGAGGAAGGCCGCAGCCUGCUCACGGGCAGCAUGGGCUCCUCCAGCCUGGCCGCCGAGCUCGAGGCCAUGUCGCAGGACGAGAGUAUGGAUAAGUCUCUCGAUCAGAGCUCAGUAGCAAAGAUUCGACAGGCCCUAAAGGAACAACAAGAUAUGAACACCCAACUACGACAGUACAUAGAUGGAAUUUUAAUUAAUAUUAUUGAAAACUAUCCAGAACUUCUAGAAGUGAGAAAGCCCUGAAGAAAAUAUAUCCAUUUUUAAACCGUAUCAAUUUUUGAGCUUUUCUUUAAUGUUCUGCCAUAAUGCUAAUUUUAGUUUGUUGAUUUUUUGUACGAAAUUUCUUUACCCAAAAAUGAAACCUAUGUACGUGAUGAGAAUAUAUACACUUGUGAUUUUACUAGGCUAGAUUUAAAUCAAGCUCUCAGGGACUGCCAUAUGACCAAUAAGAAUUUUGCGGUCGGCCUGUGCCUGUACCCUGUUGUUUCUCUUUUCUUUUCAAUGUGAUUGUUAUAAUUUAUAAUUUGUGUGUUUGGUAAGUCAAAAGAUUAAUGAACGUAAAAGAUAGGCAGGAGUUAAAAAUAACAUUGUUGUAAUAUUGCAAAUGAGUUGCCCGAGAGUUCAUGGUAUUGGAAAUUUGCUAAGUGCUACUGGUCUGUGUGUAAACUAAUAAAUUCAUUGUUGAUGCCAUUAAGUCAAUGAGUUUUGUCUACAUGGGCAGUACACAGCAAAGGUUCUCUUAUAGACAUGUGCCCCAAUGUUGUUCCCAAUGGCCAUGCCCACUCUCAAGCGUUUAUGAAGGUCCUUUAUUACGCUUUCCAGUGGGAUAAAUUUUACUAGUCACGAUGCUAAUGCAAAGUAUCUGAUAUGUGAAGUGGCCCAUAAUGAGAGACUUUGUGCAAAGCACUGAACUGCUGAUUAGAGGGUAUAAUUUAGACUUGUCAUGUAGGUUUGUUACUUCAAAGACAAUUUACCUAAGACAUGGCAAAUGUUCUUGUGCAUAUUUGCAGUGCCCACUCACUAAAAGUAAAUUCAAACCAAUACUGUAUUUAAUGAAAACAAUUGUGCUGACCUCUCAGUGGAGGCAUCUGUGAUUUAUCCAUGACAUCUUGAUUUUUGCCAUGAAAUGUCCCCCUUUGAGAAGUGUUGCUGAAUACCGUUGAUAGGUUGAAUCGUUAAUCCUAAUAUUUGUUUUCAAAUUACAUUAUACUUGAUUCUACUUACUAGAAGUACAUGAUAUUUAAUUGCAAUUGAUAUAUUCUAUUCUUGUUCCAGAAGAGAUAUUUUUGUUGUUACUUGUUAAUGUGAUGUGUAACGUAGUGAACUUCUGUGUGUUUUGCGCAAUGUGGCAAGCACUGCUAGCAACUUUUAGCUUAAUUACUAGCUUCUUAGUGCAUUUAUGUGAUAUUUUGUGACAUUAACCACACAGACUCAGAACCAAGAAUGAGUCCAAAGUGGACUUAAAUCCAUAUCUUUAUUUAGAUUAGUUUAUUUUUCUCAUAUUAAUUUCUAGCUUAAUCUCUUAAUCUGUUGGUAUUGUUCUGUCAGGAGAGCAGUGUUCGGAUCUGACAUCUGAACACAACUUGUUCAUCAGUUCUUCAUCCCAUUCUUUGAAUCAUAUAAGCUGUUUCUUCUUAUACAUCAUAACGUAUUCAUUUUUUUUUUCUUUAUUACCACAGUUGUGACAGACUAAAAGACUAAAUUUCUAUAAAAUUAUAUUUUAUUUACAAAAACCAAAAAACAGUCUCUUAAAGUUACGUUUUUGGGUGUUACUUAUAUGAUUAAAUGUAACUGCUCAUUUGACAAUAUUGCUUCAAAAGAAGCAUUUAUCAAAUUACAGAUGUUCCUUUGCUUGAUGACCUUGUAAGAAUUCAUACUAAACUAAGUUGGUUCAAUUAUGACAGGUUGUGUGGUCCCCCAAGUCAAUAUAGAAACUUGGUGUUAUUGGCUGGCACAGUUGUACAUAAACUACUCCUUUAAAUACAAAGUUCAUGCAAAUGAACAAAUAGAGAACACUAAUUCAUCACACCAAGGAUUCCCUUAUUUUUUUUAGAUGACAUGUAAAUAUAUGUUUAAGAUAAUUCUCUUGGUGUGUUUGUAUGGACCGCUCAAAUAAAUACAUUGGAAAUUCUCCAUGCCGAA